UCCCACGCACCCCUGCCUAUCCUCGCUCGCACUCAGAUCCUCCUCGAUCUAGUCAAUUCCCCUCGCCGCUCCGCCCCUCACCACGCCUCGCCACGGCUCGCCACGCCUCGCUGCCCCUUUGCCCCUGCCUUCGCCACGUCUGCGCCUGCUCUGCGCUCUGCGACUUCAUAUCGCCUCGCCUCGCCUCGCCUUCGACUCAGCAGCAUCAGCCAGCCAGCCGGCCAAUCCUUCGCUCGCCAUUCACGCCCACGCCCACGCACACGGCUUUGCAUAGAGUCGCAUCAUGACCACCCAAGUAGUCAACAACGCCACGACGGCUGGGCAAGUUCCUGCCGCCCCUCGCAGCGUCAUGGGCCCGCGCCCCGCCACCCUCUACGGCACAGCUGCGGACACGAAGCUGGGCGUCACCACGACGACGACGACGACGACGACCGCCGCCGCCGCCUCUGCCGCCCCUCCCACCUCCGCCCAGACUACCGCCGCGGCACCCACUACGACGGUCGUUGCCCCCAACCAGACGAACGGCAGCCUCUCGAGCGGGACCAUGUCCCCCGGCAUCAUGACGGGCCGCCCCGUCUUUGGAGGCGGGCGCGAGGAGGCGACGCAUCAUGCUAGUCUCUUCAUUGGAGAUCUUGGACCGGAGGUCGACGAUGCUUCCCUUCGUUCGGCAUUCGAGCGCUUCCCCACGCUCAGCGAGUGUCGUGUCAUGUUCGACCCUAACACGGGGCGAUCUCGUGGAUAUGGAUUUGCUUCCUUUGCUGAUCAGGAAGACGCUCAGCGCGCCUUGACCACCCUCAACGGCGAGUGGCUCGGCACCCGCCCUCUGCGCAUCAACUGGGCCAAUCAGAAGACGUGGGUCCGCCACCACCGCAGCGCAACGCACGACGCCUCCGGUGUCCCCCUCACCCUCGAGCAAAUCAGCGCCUCUGCCCCUGCGCACAACACGACCGUCUACGUGGGCAACCUCCACCCCAUGACGACGCAGCAAGACAUCGUCAACCUCUUUGCCGGCAUCGGUUUCGUCCGCGAGGUCCGCCUUCAGGCCGAGCGCGGCUACGGCUUCGCUGUGCUCGAGACGCACGAGAUUGCCGCCUCUGCCAUUCAUUCGCUCACGGCCGCGGGCACGCAGCUGCAGGGACGUCCUUUGCGUUUCAGCUGGGGGAAAGACAGGAACGAGGGAGUGCACGCCCAUGCUGGGCUACAUAACAUGACUGCGAUCCCCAACGUCUUUGGCAACCUGGUGUACACCGGCUUCCCUCAACAGCCCCUCGCGUAUGGAGCAGGCUUUGCCCUCCCCACGACUGGGUUCGGCGCCCAGGCCCCUCCUGGCGGUCCCACCUCCCAGACGGGCGCAGCCGCCGCCGCAGCUCUGAACGGCGUCUUCGCCCCGACGACUCCCUACGCCGCUGCUGCCACUGGCGCUACGGCGGGCGGCGCACCUCACGGCAGCACGAUUGCGAUCAACCCCUCGCUCGUGAACCUGCAGGCCCUUCAGCAUCACCAGGUCCAGCAGCAUCAUCAACAGCAGCAAGUCGCCGCCGCCGCCGCUGCCGCUGCUCAGGCUCAGGCACAGGCUCAGGCUCAAGCCCAAGCUCAGCAUGCCAAUGGAGCUGGAGGGGCUGGCGGUGCGGCUGGAAUGGCUCAUCUCAACAUGGGCUUCAUCCCUGGUCAGCUCCACGCUCCCCCUAAUACCGUCGCCGCACAGCAGCAUCUCGCUACGGGGGCCACGCCUACCACUCCGGGCGGGAGCGUGACGUACACGCACGGCAACGGGGCUGCGGCUGCUUCUGUUACGGCUGGGAUGCAGGGCUUGCAGAUGAGCUAGGCGUGCGGCGUGCGACGUGCGACGCCAAGCCCUACGCUUCC